AUGACUUGCGAUGGAGCCGACAUCUCCUGCCCAAGCGAAUGCACCUGCCUUACUACUUUCGGCCAAGAGGAAGAGAAUUCACUGCGUGUAGAAUGUAUGAGAGGUGACAUGAAAUCAAUCCCCGUCGACUUCUUAGACCACAAAGCCGAAAUCGUAAUUAUCUCCGCUCCACUUGGACGACCGAAUUAUCUUACAAUUGGACCGAUUUUCACCCAACCGACGCCUUUUGUCAAUCUACGUGAACUUCACAUUGUAAAUUCAAAUGUACCUUCCAUUGGACAGUACUCUUUUUGGGGCCUACAAAAUUUGAGACUUGUAAAUCUUACACAUAAUAAUCUUACUAGUAUCGGGGCUGACAAUUUCCGUGGCCUCAUAAACCUCACAGAGCUGCAUCUCGACUUCAAUAAUAUUGAACAAAUGCCAAGUGAGACAUUUCGACAUUUGACCGCUUUGAAGAUUCUUAACCUGGCGCACAAUCAAAUUUCUGCUUUAGUACCGAGAUUAUUUCGCAUGUUAGCGAAACUCUUCUUUUUGGAUUUGAGUUAUAACCCCUUGACCGAUUUGAAUCCAGAGAACAGGCUUCAUACCCUAAACGAACAAGACCUACAGAGAUUAGAGGCUAUCGCAAACGUUGAUUUAUCGAGGAAUCACUGGCGAUGCGACCAAUGUUCAGCGGAUAUUAUGUUGGUGUAUAUGACAACGACUGUUCUUAAUGUGACUAUUCGCCAAUUGAAAUGUCAUUCACCAUUACGACUACAUGGAGUAUCUUUUGGAGAUCUAACACUCGAUGGAUUAGAACUUUGUUCGACGACACAUGAAGCUCAAAUGAGCGUAAUUGCUGGAUUAAUGUUACUGUGCGUAGCGAUACUCGCAGCAGUUACAACAGCACUCUGUUGUUCUCGACGCCGUGCAGCACAAUAUUACACAAACGAGGAGAAGCGACGAGGACAUGAGCAUGAACAUCCUGAAGAGCUUCUAGGGCGGACGGAUUUGGGUAGUGUUGCAACAAUCCAUGCGCCAGUGCAUUUGGUGACCAAGGGUAGCUAA